CUGGGUGGGGCCGGCGGAGCGGGAUGGUUCUGCUGGAGAGGGAGCGGUUCCUGACGGAGCUAACCAGGCUCUCUCAGAAGUGCCGAUGGUCGGGCAGUGUGUUCAUCACCCUCAAGAAGUACGAUGGCCGAACUAAACCCAUUCCGAGGAAAGGUUCUGUGGAGGGCUUUGAGCCCUCACACAAGCGUCUGUUAAGAGCUACUGAUGGGAAAAAGAAGAUCAGCACAGUGGUGAGCUCCCAAGAAGUGAGUAAGUUUCAGAUGGCUUAUUCAGACCUGUUGAGAGCUAACAUGGAUGGGCUGAGGAGGAGGGACAAAAAGAGCAGGAGCAAGAAGAGCAAAGCAGCACAGUGAAGAGUACGAUUCCCUGUUUUCACCAGCUGACCACGGAAUUGCUGUUUUUCCUCUGGGUUUACUUUUGGCCACAAAGCUAGGUUUCCGAUUCCCCUGCGUUAACUGUUUUCAUGUGAGAUUAGGGUCGUUUGGGUGGAAGAAGAGCUGUGAUGUUGACAGGGUGGCUAUGAGAAGCCUGGCUGACUGGUCUGUGUUGCCCAGUUGUAUACCCCUGGGUUAUGGUUUAAAGCCUCUGCGGCCACCUGUGUGAAGAGCAGUGUAUCAUUACACUUGCCUGUGUAUCAGCAUAGACUAUCUUUUAUUUAUUCCUUUCCCCUCCCCAUGGUAGUAGUUCCUGACAAUAAUGACUGAUUCUGGAAUGAUAAUGAUUAUGAGCAGGCUUUUACCCCAAUCUUCUAGGUGAUUGGAAGGAAUUAAAACUGGAAAAUUUCAUGAGAAGUUGUGUUAGCUCAUGGGUAUUCUUCCCAACUGGUUAUAUAAUUUUAUCACCAUAGUAUCUGUAGUAAAUUUGCAUGAGUUCUCAUAGUCAAAUGAGAGUUUGCCUAAGCACUUUCGGAUAAACAUAUUACAAAAUUAAGAAUAAAGAUUGUAA